AUGAGAAGAAAAAUUGUUACUCAAGAGAAUGUUAAAUCCAGUAGCCGAUCUAAACACAAUGCUGUAGAAUACAGUCCUGUUGAUCCAGACUCUGAUCUGCACCCUCAGCCUAGUCGAAUUUUUUCUUCAGAAGAAGCAUCAAGAGUUAUAAAGUCCAUCUUAGAUGAAGAGCUUCAGGGUUGUGCUUACGAGGCUACAGGAAGUCAGAGGAGAGCAAUGGAGCUUGCGGAGUUAGUUAAAGCAGCUGUAAGGGACCUUGGGUAUGAGAGGUACAAGCUUGUCUGCUAUGUAGUGUUAGGUCCAGUAUCAGGAGGGAACAUAAACUGCUGUAGUCGAAGUGUGUGGAGUCCAAAAUCAGAUACGUAUGCAGAAUAUGUGUUCCAAAAUCAGUCUCUGUUUGCACUGUGCAUCGUGUAUGCUGGAUAUUAUGAGUAA